UGUCGUCGCAAAGGGCGGUGCACGGCCAAAAAUGAUGAAACAGAGCAAUGUAAUGAUUUACGACGUGAAUUUGCCAGGCGUAAAUUGGAGGAUGCCAAUAAUUCGGCUGAAAGUGGUUACAGUGAUUCGGGUGGCCCAGCUUCGGAUGAGGAAGUUGUGGUGGUAGUGGGACAAGAUGUUGUUGAUGGUGUUGCUGGAGAUGCGGAUAUUGAAGUUGAUGAUUUAGAGCAGGAGGGUGCUUUGGCAGCCAGUACAGCUGCUGGUGGUUGCGUUAAUUAUAGACGCAAACGUUUGAGGGAAAUGUUUGAACAUACUCGUAAAAUCAAACGUAUGCAAAGUACUUCGCCUGGCAGGGCUGGUAAUCCGAUGCAACCUGAAAUUGUAGUAUUGCGUUGGAAUAGUGCUCCUCCCACCUGCGGUUGGAGGGAUAGUGGUGGCUUAGAGGAAGAUGAAGACGACGAAGUAGAAGGUAUAGCUUCUUCCUCUAACACUUCCUCGGAGAGGGGAGCUAUACCAAAGGCACCCAAUAGGCCUUCUAGACGUCCUAAACGCCGCAGCGCUGAACGCUUAGAUACUGAUGAUAAACCUAUAGCUGAAGCUGAGCCUGCUGAUGACAGAGCCUGCAGAAUUCAAAAGCUUGAACAACAAUGUAAAACCUUGAUAAAACAGGUAUUGGAAACAUCCGAUAAUCGUGAGCGUUUGGAAGUGCAACUUAAACGUUUUCAAGAUGAAAUAUCUCCAGUGCAACAUGCCGUUCCUUUGGAAGAACUUAUAAAUAAGAAACGUUUCGAACGUAUGACUCGUGCUAGUUCAGUGCCAAUUACCGGUUCAGGCUCUCUAACUCCGCGGGAAGAGGAAUAUACGCGCAAACGUUCGGAACGUUUGGAAAGAUUAGAAGAAGAGAGUCGCCAAUUAAUGUCACGCAUUAAACGCACCUCUGAUAGAGGUCAUUAUUUGCGUUGCUCCUUGGAUCGUAUAAGAAGAGCUCCUCUCAGUCGUGAGGGCAGCUUAGAAAGUAAUACUGAAGACGAUGUCCGCAAGCCCGGAGAAGAGGAAGAACCAAUUUCUAGCACUGAAUCCAACUCCCAAGAUAACUCACAAUCGGAAAAUCUAAAUAAUAAACCAAGUCCUUUAACAGCCGAAGAAGAAGCCUAUACACAACGUCGUGCGGCCCGUUUGCAAAGACUUGAAGAAGAAAGCAAGCAAUUGUUAACCAAGCUCUCCAAAAAUAAUCAAAGAGGUGAUAAUAUCGGAACUAAACUUGAUACUCUACAUGAACGUUAUAAAUCUCAAGAAGAACCCACCAGUUCCAGUAGUUCUCAACAAACUCCAGCUAUAGCAACAACUUCCUCACAAUCAACGAACACUACUUCAACUCCCGGCAAAAUGUCGGUGGAACAAAGAAUUGAAAAUAUAGAGAAAAUCUCCUCUAAUCGUGAAGAACGUUUGCGCAUUUUAGAAGAAGAGGGACGCCUGCUAAUCAACAGGCUAUCGGAAACCUCCGAAAAGGGUACCAAAAUGAUCAAUAGAAUUGCUGAAAGAGAACUCAACCGCCAGAAGCGUGCCUCCUCUACCCCCAAUAGGGACAGUUCCUUAGAUAAUGAUAGCUCUACCUCAGCUAAAGUUGUAAAUGAAAAUUCUACCUCUGACGAAACGCCUGUAGCGGCAGCGCUUUUACCCACACCAAAAAAUGUGGCUUGCUCUAGUAUUGUAUCCGAGGAGCUCAAUGAAAGGGUAACCAUAACCACUAUACCAAGUCAAAUAGCCGCCCAUCAGGGUGCCAUUCCCAAAUCUAAACCCACUUUACAGUUACUGGCCGCACGUCCCAAAUCCGCUAGAUUACAGAAAUCGGAAAAUAAGACCAAUGAUAAUGCAAAUGAAUCUUUGGAAGAUAUGGUAAGACGUUUGCAAUCAUUGCCCUUCCCAGGUCAGGAACAAACAACUAAACCGGAAAUAACUGAGGAAAAAGCGAAAGAAUUUGAAAAUGAUUUAGAAGCCUCUAGCAUGAAAGAAGAUAUUGCUAGAUAUGAAGAGCAUAAAAUGCCUGAAAAUAAUGAAAAUCUUUCCGAUUCCAAAGAGUGUCCCACAAAUGCUAGUGAGCAAUUAAAAACUCUCGAGACCUCUGUAGUAACAGAAGAAGUUGCUGUUGUUACUCAAACUCCAGAAGAACUUAACUCUCCAAAUAAUUGUUCUGAACAAGAUUAAUUUUACUACGAUAAGACUUUAUUCUUCGUGUUCAAUUAUUUUUAAACUUAUUUAUUAACAUCAUGAUUUGCUGAUUGUUCAUUCGAUUUCC